CUCUUCCAACGGUCAAAUAAUCCUGAAGAAAUACUCACUCCUUCUUCACCCUCCUCAGAGCCCAAUUCACUCCCAAUCCAUACUUUCUUGUACAAAGAGAUCGAUUGCUCUGAAAAUGUCUUCAAUUGAGCAUACAGAGACGCUCAACGCUCCCAACCUUCAGAUCUGGAACAACGCUGCCUUCGAUGAUGGAGAUUCCAAUGUUACUUCCGCAAUCGAACCUUCUUGGUCUAACCUCCCUCCCGAUUUCAUCAACGAAUCGUUCGAUUCCGAUUGUAGCAUGGACAAUCAGAUCCCAAUUUCGGUUUCCUCCUCGCUCAAAUCCUCAGUCUCUUUCACCACCGAUUCGAUUCGCUCCGGUAAUAAUGCUCAGGAAAAGCAACCGAGGGCCUUGUGUGAAGCUCCGUCGGAAAAAUCCAAGACCGUGAAAUCCAAAUCCGUCGCGGAUCAGAUGAAAAGGCGUGAAGAACGUGAUAUUGAUGCAGAGAUCGAAGAGGUAGAAAAGGACAUCGGCCGUUUAUCGACCAGAUUGGAAUCGCUCCGAUUAGAGAAGGCUGAGCAAACCGCAAGAAGCAUUACUAUAAGAGGAAGAAUCGUUCCGGCUAAGUUCAUGGAAUCUCAGAAACAGUCAGUCAAAUUCGACGAUUCGUCUUUCACAGGUUCCAAAUCAAGAGCCACCACUCGCAGAGGUGUUAGUUUGGGACCAGGGGAGAUAUUCUCUGCUGCGAAGAAAUCGGAAACGGUGACUCCUCUUCAAUCGGCUCAGAAUCGACGCAAGUCUUGUUUCUUUAAGCUUCCUGGCAUCGAGGAGAGGAAAGUGACGAAAUCUAGGGGUCGAACGAGUUUGAGCCUGAGCCCGAGAUCUCGCAAAGCUGCAUCGAAAAUCACGGUGGCUCAGAAGCAAGCAGCGACGACGGUGGGGUCAAAGAGAGCUGUGAGGAAAGAAGAAGGUGUUCUCUCAACAAUCCAACCAAAGAGGCUGUUCAAAGACGAGGAAAAGAACGGUGCUUUAAGGAAACCAUUGAAACCAGGAAGAGUGGUGGCUAGCAGGUACAGUCAGAUGAACAAAACGCAGACGGCGGAGAAAGAUAUUAGGAAAAGGUCGUUGCCUGAGAACGAAGAGAAAGAGAAUCACAGGUCGGAGAAGAGAAGAGCUUCUGAUGAAAGUAGCAAGAGCCAGGGUAGAGUGAAGAAGAGAUGGGAGAUUCCAAGUGAAGUGGAUCUGUAUAGCAGUGGUGUGAACGAUGAGACUCCUAUAGGUAAGGAGCUGCCUAAGAUCAGAACUCUACGCCGUUUAGGAGAGAGCCCUCGUGAUUCAGGUGCUGCCAAAAGAGUUGCGGAAUUGGAAAGCAAGAAUCGUAAUUUCACCUUUUGCCAGCUUCUGAGGUUUGAAGAAUGAAUGACCCAGUUAUCAUUUUGAGUAAAGAAACCACAACUCUUGUUGUGAAUUUGGUUUUGUUUCGAUUUGUUCUAUGCUUGCAUCUGGAGUGUAAAGCAUGCAAGAAUGUAUGUGCAUCUUUGUUGGGAUGCUUAAUGUCUAAAUACACACAUGAAGAUUGUGAGUUUUGUUAUUUUCUGUAAAUGAAGCCCAUG